GGCACAGUUAGAGGCUGCAGUCAGGGAGCAGGAGUGAAGUUGUAGUGCUGACUUUGCAGACUUGACUACAGACCCCACCAGGGCAGGCUGAGCGGACAGACCACACAGAUUCCAGAAUGUCGGUGGUGACGCAGCUCGCUGAGAAUGACGUGUUUCGGGCGUACACUACGUACGCAGCUAUUGUCCUCCUAAAAAUGAUCGUAAUGAGUCCUAUAACUGCUUAUUACAGGAUGACGCGGAAGGCAUUCGCCAAUCCUGAGGACGCAGCCAUGAGAGGUGGUGAUAUAAAGAAGUACCUGAGAACAGACCAGGACGUGGAACGAGUGCGCAGAUGUCAUCUAAACGACCUUGAGAACAUCGUCCCGUUUAUCGGCCUGGGUCUGGUCUACGCACUCAGUAAUCCUGACCUCCACGUGGCUCUGCUCCAUUUCCGGAUCUUUGCCGGGUCUCGAGUCCUGCACACAAUUUCUUACUUGGUCCCUUUGCCACAACCCAGCCGAGCUCUGACCUUCUCCGCGGGAUUGCUGGUUAAUGUCUCGAUGGCGUAUGCAACUCUGCGCAGUGUCUGCUAUUUGUAAAGAGGCGUCGCUGUUCUACAGACGCAGUAAUGGUAUGAGCGUGAGCUGCACUCUGUCCAUCCCCCCCCCACAUUCCCGCAGGACGCCGUUUACUCUUCAUUAGAAAAAAUAAAUGUGGAUUUUACCUCC